AUGGGACCCUUCCCAACCUCCUACUCAGAUAGCUACAUAUUGGUGGCUGUUGAUUAUGUCUCAAGCUCAAUAAAGGACUGGUCUAAGAAGCUAGACGAUGCACUGUGGGCCUACAGAACAGCCUAUAAGACUCCCAUUGGGAUGUCUCCAUACCAAUUGGUAUAUGGAAAGGCUUGUCACUUACCAGUUGAACUUGAGCAUGGAGCAUUUUGGGCUCUAAAAAUGUUAAACUAUGAUGAGCAAGCUACUGGAGAAAAGAGAUUAAUGCAACUCAAUGAGCUGAAAGAGUUUAGAAAUCAAGCAUAUGAGAAUGAAAAAAUCUACAAAGAGAACACAAAAAGGUGGCAUGACCAAAAGAUAGCAAGAAGAGAGUUCACUGAAGGACAGAAGGUGUUACUCUAUAACUCAAGACUCAAGUUCUUCCCUGGAAAACUUAAGUCUCGAUGGUCAGGACCUUUCACUAUACUCAAAGUGUUUCCCUAUGGUCAUGUGGAGCUCAUAGAGGACAAGACACAGAUAACUUUUUCUGUCAAUGGCCAUAGACUCAAACACUACUCGGGAGGCUCCUUCGAGGAGCAGAGAGUGAGCUACAAGCUCAGUUAA